AUGAGUCUCUGUCGGUCCCCAGACACAUAUCCCCAUACAAAACCCUCAAAAAUCCGAGAACAGCUCAAGAAGGCCCUGGUUCUCGGUUCAGUCUAUGGUCCAGAUUCACGGUUUUCCAUCGAUAUGGCAUAUGGUCUUCGUCGUGCUGGGAAAAGAUUAAAGACUAUCACAAAGAUGCAUCUUUGGUCACGAAGUCCGGACAGGUCAAAUCCUGGCUCCCCGAAGCGGUGUUACCUCCUCGAAUUGCCCACCGAGCUACUGCUUGAGAUCGUUUCUCAUCUACCUGUACUGGCAGAGGCCUCUCUGGCAUUGACGUGUAAACGUCUGUUUGCAAUAUCCGGCGCAAUCCUGGACUCCAAGUCACUGCACUUCAAUCGGGAUUUCGCACCACUCUUCCAUCAUUACCGGAAUGGGCACAAUUUCGUUACUACUCGGUGGCAGUUCGUCAAAGUGCUAGAAAACAACACGUGGCGAGCAUGCUCGAAAUGCCUGAAGCUACAUCCACGAGGUUUGUUCUCUUCACGAGAACUCAAACGAAAGCCUGAGGAACGGUCUUGUGAACUAGGGGAUCUCGCAGGCAUAGUCGAUUUGUGUCCAUGCAAAAAGCUAACUUUCCGAGAUAAGAUGGACCUCGUUGAACUCUUGCUGAUGCGACAGAAAUCGAUAACAGCCUUGACUGCGCAAUUUGGAACCGAUGUCCAGGAACGAUUUUGCUGGCAUACCUGCACCGAAAACUAUGGCUCUACACAGUUGAAGAUUGAAUUAUUUCCGGAGUUAGACGAGAAUGGCCAGUUGAAGAUCAAGACUGAGUAUCGGCUAUCAACGGGGUCAGGGCAGCUAGGGAAGGAAGAGUUUAUCACUCCUCGGUUUGGAUGCGCACACCGAUCAGUUGAUCUCUGGCUUUCCAGCGUCUGCCAAACCACAAUUUGCCGACUGUAUGAUAGUUUCUGCGCCUCCUGCCAGCGAAUAUCCGUUUGCAACUCCUGUAAUUCUUCGUUAAAAUGCCCUCGCAAGCAACCUAGUCAAAUUGACGAGAAUUCCGGAAGAGCCACAUAUUUCUUUUGGACUGAGAGAUGUCUUGGAGGGACGUCCCCUAUCCCGGAUCAAGCAUGGGCCGUGCAGAGGAUCCAUCCGGCAGAGAAUACGAUUGACGUGGACAACUGCAGCGAGUUAUGUCCUUGGACCAUCCGCGAACACCCUCCUCUUAAUGAUCCCCCGUCUCUCGAGAUGGACAUUCUAGAACCCGGCAUGCAGAGCCAGUCAAUAAAUCAAUUAUAUGCAUCGAUUGGGGUUUCUCCGAAGCCGACCUCAAAAGGGAAAAGCGGAUUUAAUAUCGCGAUCAAACACUCCCCAAAAGGUGAUCACCAACUUCUACUUCUAAAUGAACGAAAGUAUAGACUCCGGGAGAAGCAGAGUGCAGCGAUCACCACGAAGCAUUAUCUGCGUCCUGGGGCGAUGAGCUAUCCACCACCACCACCUCAUAACGGUCAAUAUCCUUCGCAGUACCUGCAGCAGCCUCCUAUUCAACCCCAGCAGACCAUCCAGCCGCAGCAGCUACUGUACAAUAAUGCCCACCCGAACGUUUCGCCAUAUCAAUAUGGCAAGCCAGUCGUUUAUCCUCAGGUCAUGAUCCCGGCCUAUCCCGCCUACGCACACACAUAUAAUCAACAACCACAACCACAACCACAGCCUCAACAUCAACCUCAACCUCAACCGCCGCCGCAACCGCAACCGCAACAACAACAGCCGCAACCGCAAUAUGUGAACCCAUCCGACUUGUUCAACACGCCGCCUCUCCCUUCUAUAUCGCCUUCCCAAUUUACACAAAGGCCAUCUCAAUAUGGUGGACAACCUGCGGUCUCUACCGCUGCAGCCAGUAGCGUCUCCCCUGCACUCACUACCCCCGCCGCAACGCAACCAACGUACACAGCUGCUAGUCCAAACCAAGGGAACCAAGUUUAUGGCAAGCCCCCACAGGCUACACCAAGUGCUACACCAAGCACAACACCGAAGCCUACACCGAAACCUACGCCGAAACCGACACCAAAGGUUACACCAAAGGCGAUGCCCAAACCUACCGCCGCGACUGCACCGAUUCCCCCCCCAACUGUCCGACCCCCACCUGUUACGGCAACCCCCCCGGUACUGUCACCCAGGCCAGCCCCCCAAGUCUUGAUACCAGCUCCACCCCCGGAAAUACAGCAGAAACUCCAACGGCCGCCGUCCAAGAAGCAAGCGCAGCGACAGGCUGGGCAAAUGACACCCCAAAAACCAGCAAAGCCUCCCAUCGACUAUCAGGUCCUGCUCCUGGCGAUGGCGGAUGAAUAUCUCAACGCGGCCCAUAGUAACGGAACUAUGGUCGCCUUACUGAAACAGGAAUUGGAAGUGGAGGAAUACUAUAAGUUGGUCGCGACGGGUCUUGGUUGCUUGGAAGCGGUGUUGAAGAACUGGAGGUUACAACCCCGAGUCGAAGCCCUUGUGCGAUUAAGGUAUGCGCGCAUUCUGUUCGAGGAGACGGACAAUGAUCUCGAAGCGGAGACCGCAUUGAGUAAAGGCAUUGACUUGUGCGAGCGGAACCGUAUGCUGGACUUGAAAUACAGCAUGCAACAUCUUUUGGCACGGAUGCUACACAAGACAAACCCUAAGGCCUCAAUGAAAGCUGUGGAUGGGAUGAUCCAGGAUGUAGAAGCAUAUCGGCACUCUGCCUGGGAGUAUGCAUUUCGUUUCCUCCGAGUAUCCCUCUCGCUGUCUUCCUCAGCCCACCAGGACUCCGUUGCAGCCCUGCAACACCUACACAAGAUCGCUAAUAUGGCCAACCGCAAUGGCGAUAAGGCUGUUUCGGCCAUGUCGGCUGUCAUCGAGGCCCUUGCACAUCUACAACAGGGAUCCGGCUUCGACUCCAUUGAACAGGCUCAGCGCGCCCUGGCGGUAGCUCGGAGCCACCAGCUUAAUGACGAGCUUCGCCAUAUACCGCAGCUGACGACGCUGGUGCAAAUGGUCGAUAUUUGUUGCAGUCUUCUUGAAUAUGACAUCAAUCAAUCGUCACAGAAGUUGAAGAACUUACAAGACCUGAUGGACGAGCGAUUGAACGACCCUAAUUGGCGUGCCGAUGGGUCGUUCUCCAUUCCUCUAAGUGGCAAAUCCGCAGGACCGUCGUCAAUAGACACCGGGGACAUCCUUCAGGUCCAGAAUGGCACGUUGCUCUUGAGCUUUAAUUGGCUACCUCAGCAUGAUCUCUACGCGCUUUGCUAUUUCUUAAGUUCCAUCACGCUCAGUUGCAAGAACUCCUACGAUGGCCGUAAAGCUGAGAAGUUCCUCCAGGAGGGGAUACGCAUGAUACAGGGGAGUUUUAAAUCGCCACAGGACAUCACUGAAUCAAUGGUCAAUGCGAAUAGGCGUGUAGAAUGGCGCAGGACGCUGUACUGUAACCUUCUUCUUCAACAAGUGUUCCUUGCCUGUGGCCGCACGGACUGGGACCUUGCCAGCAAAACGCUGAAGGACCUCCGACAAGAAACGCAAGAGCUUGGCGAGUGUCUACCUGAUACUGUUCAAUGUCUGAUGGAGUACGCUGCGGGUACCAUUGCACAAGCAACUGGCGAUCUGAAAGCUGCUCUCGACGCUUUUCAAUCCCCUCUUCUUUCGUUAUCUCCAUCGACGAGCAAAACAGCCCGCAAUGACCCCCGGCGUGACAUUGCACUUCUUGCAGCCCUCAAUACCGUUCUCAUACUCCGUGAUCCAACUCAUGCAUCACACUUUCAGCUCCCCAACAUUCUGGCAACCGUUGAAUCAUUUUGCAAGGGUAGCCCCAACAAAUAUAUCCAGGCAGCUUACUAUCUGGUAUGCGCUACCGUGCAGACCGAAUCAACCAUACAAACCAAGCAGUUCCUCCAGCAAGCUCUCCAGUCAGCCACGGCGAUCAGCAAUAGUCAGAUUACUUGCAUGACCCUAACAUUCAUGAGUUGGAAGUAUUUCCGGGGGGUUGUCGGGGAACAGGCCGAAAAGAGCGCGCGAGCAGGUCGUGCAAUGGCAAAGAAAGCCAACGAUCGACUCUGGGUCAGUGUCACGGACGAGAUGCUGGCAGAGACUCUGGAGAGGCAAGGAAAGAAUGAUGAAGCGAAAGGUGUCCGCGAGGAGGGCCAUCGAGUAAUGAUGGGAUUACCGCCCGCAUUGAAAAGGCCCUCCUAG